AUGUGGCACGUGAUUGCUUCUGGCGGAUCUGAGAUGGCGAUCGACUCUGUCUUCGACUGCAAGUUUUCCCCAGCCACAGCGCCCGCACACCUCCUCCUCCUUGCUAUGUUGCGCACAAUAAAACCAAAAAAUGCACGUUCCAAACGGGCCCUUCAGGCGCGUGAGCCGAAGGAGGUCGAGGACGCAAGAACAGCGAUCUUUGUCAAGGGUACGCACACGGGCGAGAAGGUUAAUGCGGUAAUGAAGGAACUAAACGCCGUAAGGCCAUUUGAAGACGCUUCUUCGUUAGACUUCUGGGCAAAGAAGAACGACGCGAGCUUGUUUGUGCGGCCAGAUGGACUAGUAUUCGUACGCAUGUACGACGAACGAGUACUGGACAUGUGCGAGGUUGGGGUAGAGAAGUGGAUCAGUAUGAACGAGUUCAAGGUGCACACCGAAGGCCACCCUGGGCAUAAGCCAUUGAUGCACUUCGCAUCUGAGCUCUUCGACACACAUCCGCGCUUCGUCCAGCUGAAGUCUCUCCUAUUGGACUUCUUCAACGGGGAAGCUAUUGACUCCAUCUGUCUCGCCGGACUCGAGCACGUCAUCAGCGUUUCUCUCGGGCCUACCCCAGCUUCGCUCAAUACCACCGCCACCUCCAACCCGCUGCUAACAUCGACCUCUACUUCCUCAGCCUCAAGCUCAGCCGACUUGCCGACAGUGCAUGUCCGAGUGUACAACGUGAAGCUGCUCGCCUCCGGAACGCGCAUUCCGCGGGUGGAGCUCACGGACAUGGGUCCGUCGAUGGACCUCGUACUGAGGCGACACACGGAGCCCGAUUCGGAGCUCCUCAAGCAGGCACUCAGGCGGCCGAAGCUGCGGAAGCAGGAGGUGGAGAAGGGACUCGGCAAGAAGCGGAAGAACAUGGAGGUGGACGAGAUGGGUGACCUGCGCGGGAGGAUACACGUUGCCAAACAGGAUCUGAGCAAGUUGCAGACGCGGAAGAUGAAGGGACUCAAGAAGGGAGGGGGAGAGACAUUCGACGAGAGUGGGGAGAGCGGAGGCGAGGAGGAAGAGGUGGUCCGAGUCGAUGCGCAGUCGAGGAAACGGAGGAAAAUCUCAUAGUACGUAUGCUACCGCUCUUUGCUACACGCAUUCGCUUCGUCCUACAUGUUUAUCACUGUUAGUCGGAGGCUCAAUGGUGCGGGUCUCUUCGAUGAAGUAUUUUUUUGCUCUCGAGCUCUCUGAUCACUUGCCUUGGUAUUGUGACACCAGAUAUCACUUUCCGGGUCAGUGCAAUGCCACAUCUAUUCAGUACAACCAUGCGCAGUAUGCUGUACGUAAGCCUUCCCAGACGCAAGGCUGAGCUCGCCCCGGGAUGUCUAGCUUACAGCGCGCGACAACAGGCUGUCAACGACCAGUUCCCAUUAUUUAAAACCUG